AAAAUAAAAAAAGAAUAUGCUGACUGGCAGCGGCAGGGGUCCCUCAGCAUCAUAUACAAACUAAAAUAUUAUCCCUCCCAUGUCAUUCUUGCCUCUUUACCCCACCCAUUCUAUGGGUUCUCCACGGUGGCCGGCGGCGGCGCCUUCUUAAAAUUCAAGCUCAUGAAGUUUCCUUCUACUACACAUCAACAAUCGCUAGCUAAUUCAGCAGAUUCAUCAACAUCAAAUCUCCGGGUUUUUUUGCUGUGAAAUUUUUUCGGAAAUCUACUUUCAGAAGCACUAUUGGAGCAUAGAAGUAGAAAUCUAGUGACUUCCAACAGCUCAACAUGCCAAAAGAUAGAAGGGUAAAUUUGUCGUCCUUCAACGGGACAAAGGUAUCUCCUUAUGCUUGCAGCUCAAAGAAUACUGACCUAGAGUUAAAGAGCUCUUUGCCAUCAGUAGAGAAUGAAAGAGAAUGGGAAGAAGCUAAGUGUCCUAUAUGUAUUGAGCAUCCACACAAUGCUGUUCUUCUAGUUUGUUCAUCAGGGGAAAAGGGUUGCCGGCCUUUUAUGUGUGACACAAGUUACCGUCAUUCAAAUUGUCUUGAUCAAUUUUGUAAACUAUCAUCUGGAAAACAAUCAGAAGUUCAACAAACUACAUCGAGGGCGAUGCUCCGCAGGGGAAAUCAGCAACCAGAGCUUGUCUGCCCUCUUUGCCGGGGACAGAUUACUGGAUGGAUUGUUGUAGAGGCAGCUCGUAAAUUCAUGAAUUCCAAACAGAGGAAUUGUUCCUUGGAGACUUGCAAUUUUAGUGGCAAUUAUGGAGAACUAAGAAAUCACGCCAGGCUUGAGCAUCCCUCAGAUAAGCCAGCCGAGGCUGACCCUCAACGACUGGUUGAUUGGAGGAGGUUGGAGACUCAAAGAGACUUGGGGGAUACUCUCAGUGCAUAUCAGGUGCCGCCAAUUGGUGAAGACGUUCCUGGAGAUGAGUUCUUUGAGCUGCCUCAUGGUCUAUUUGACUUCCUAGAUGAAUUCUCUGAGGCUGAGGGUGGAUUAAGCGAAGACAGCAAUUCGUUAAUGGAUUUUGAAUUUGAUUUCUCCUUCCUGAACGACUUCCCAGAUUUUACUUGGUCACAUGAAGAGUUGAGGAUGGGGAAUGAGGGCUAGUCGAUCACAGACUAUGCUAGAUCCGAAAACAAGAGACCUAGGAGGCAAGCUCCACCAGACAAUCACGAGGGGACAGAUCAGCAACCGGAGGAGACACAAAUCGGUCAUCAAGGCGCAUGCCCUGCUCCUUCUGGCAUUAAACCGAUGAUGCUUGGUUCCAACUGUAGUGUGCAGCUUUUUCCUUUCAGGUUGAACGUUUUUUGGUUUUGGGUAUCUCAGCAUCUGUGAAAUGGAGAAAUUUCCUCUCAUAAUUCCUGUUGUUUGUACUCUCAAAUGAACAUUGCCUUUCGUGCUCCUCAUUCUUUUCCCUUUUUACUUUGAUACUUUAAGAACA